GAAGAGCGAUGGUAGCGUUCUGAUGAAAUCAACCAUGUUACUCAGGGUCUUCGUCAUCUUCGUCUUCAUCCUCCAGGACUCCCAGUCAGCUUCAGUCUUUCUGGAGCGACAGCAGGCCAACGGCGUCCUGGUCCGGACUCGCCGGUUCAACUCCGGCUGGUUUGAGGAGCUGAAAGUGGGAAAUCUGGAGAGGGAGUGUUUGGAGGAGAAAUGUAGCUUCGAGGAGGCCAGAGAGGUGUUUGAGCACGACGAGAUGACGAACGAGUUCUGGAAACGGUACUCCAUCCCUGACAGAUGUACGCCGGGUCCCUGUCAGAACGGAGGGACCUGCAUCAAUAACGAAGAGUCCUACACCUGCUUAUGUCUUCCUCAGUUCAUGGGACUCAACUGUGAGUUCGAGCAGCAGACGGAGUCGGACAGUUGUCUGCUGGAGAACGGAGGCUGUGAUCAUUUCUGCGAUGAAGACGCGUUUGGACGAAGGCUAGCAUGUUCAUGUGCUGAUGGUCACAAACUGGACACAGAUGGACGGAGCUGCAUCUCUAAAGCACCAAUAGCGUGCGGCACGGUCCCCGUCCUACAGAAAGUAACCAAAGACAUGCAUCUGCUGAGGAUUGUGGGGGGAACCGAAUGUCCGAAAGGUGAAUGCCCCUGGAUGGUUUUGCUGACGUACAAAGGCAAAGGUUUCUGUGGAGGAGUGAUUUACAAACCGACAUGGAUCCUCACAGCAUCUCACUGCCUGGAGAACACCAACCCACAGUUCCUGAAAGUGGUUGCAGGUGAACACGACAUCUUGGUCAACGAGUCCACUGAACAGGUCAUCCAAGUUGUAGAGAUCAUCAUGCAUGAGAAUUACGUGACCAGUACCGUUGACAACGACAUCGGCCUCCUACGCUUAGCGUCUCCCAUAGUUUACUCGCCGUACGCGGUCCCGAUCUGCCUGCCGACUCGGCCGCUGGCUGAACGUGACCUCUGGGCGGUGGACCUGCACACGGUGAGCGGCUGGGGCAGGCGGGGCGAGAACGGGCCCACCUCCGACGUGCUCAGGCGUACCAAGGUGCCCCGCAUCCGGAAGCAGACCUGCAUGGAGCAGAGCGGCGUGCUGCUCACCGAGAACAUGUUCUGUGCCGGGUACUGGGACGGUCGGAUGGACUCGUGUAAAGGCGACAGCGGCGGCCCGUUGGUGACGAAGUUCAAGAAGACGAACUUCCUGCUAGGGAUCGUCAGCUGGGGGAAGGGCUGCGCCCGACCAGGCAACUACGGCAUCUACACCCGAGUGUCCAACUACCUGGAGUGGAUCCAGAACCGAACAGCAACACCAGCGCAGAGUGGAAACACCACAGAAACUGUCCCUAGCUCUGCCACUGUACCUGUACAGUAACCUGAAUCAUUUAUCCAAACAGAUGGAGAGUAAACUGAAAAAGUGACUUCCUGUCUACAGGUGCCACAUGCAAACUUAACUUAAAUUAACAGCAAUAAUAAAAUGGAGGUUAAAAUAUAUAUAAGGAAGCAAAAAUAUUUAGCUCCUAUGUAACCAGCAAGCCAAAUUUAAAAUAUUUAUUUUGUAAACUAAAUGUUUGCAUUUAGUUCUACAGUUAGCUUGCUAACUAUUUAACUAUCACAUUUUUUAGGUUGUAUCCAAAUAUUUAGUUAACAAAAUAUUUGUUUAAUCUAAUGUUCAGCUUGUUGAAAUAUUUAGCAGGACAACUAAAUAUUUUGAUUGCUAACUAAAUAUUUAGUUUGCUAAUUGAAUAUUUAGCUUGGUAACAGAAGUAUUUAGCUUACUAUUUAAUUAGCAAGCUAGAUAUUUAGCUUGCUUUAUGUCAUUCAUUUGUUUAAAUGAGUUAAUAAAGAAAAUAUUCUAUAA